AUGAUUUUUUCAUAUGUAGAUCAAACUAAAAAAGAAACGUAUUUGAUUUUACCUCGUAUUCCUGCAGAAUGGAUAUUUCCAUAUUGGGAAAAUCCUGCAACUAAGGCCAAAUUUACUAUUCGAAUUAUCCAUGAAUACAGUACAACAGCUCUGUCACACAUGCCUGGUGAUAGAAUUGUAGACAAAAAUAAGUUCUAUACUUUAUUUUCUAUCACACCCGUAAUGGUCACUCAAUUGGUAGCAAUAGUAGUUGUACCUUAUGAAUAUGCCAUACCUAUUGUAUUGUUUGAUAAUGUUAUUCUAGCAACCAGGUUUGAAGUGAGAAAAGACAUAUUGUACGCAUCGAUUCUUAUAGAAGAUAUUACGAUAUUUCUCAGAGAAAAAGUAAAGGAUGUUAUAUCGGCCUCACAUGUGCGUUAUGUAGCACUUCCAAUAAACUCCAGCUCUUACAAUACUAUAGUAACUACUGGACUUGUUUUGUUCAGUGUGAUACAAGAAAUGUUCAGUAAUUGGCUAGUUGCAUUUAAGCAGUCUGAUCCUUGGUUUGUUGAAGGUUUUUCGACAUUUUAUGGAGUUUAUCUAUCCGAUCAGACUAAAAUCCUUAAACUAUUGAAUAUCUUUCUUGAGGAUACAUCACAUAAAAACUUUUCUGAAAAUAGUAUCAGUAAUCAGAUAUAUUAUGAAGUUGUAAAAUGGACGUGUAUUCUCGAUGGUGUAAAAUGCAAAGAACAUGUUAAUGCUAUAUUAAAGUGGCAUUUAGAAAAUUCUGUAAAAAACAAACUUUUGCCAAGUUGGCAGAAAUGGAUUUACUGCCAAAGUUUAAUUUUAGAAAAUGGUACGUUUGAUACAUCCGAUUUGUGGCAAAACAUAGAGAAGAUAUAUUCAACUGAUAACAAAAAAGAACAACUUUUUGAAUUGUUAUCUUGUUAUGGACAUAAUAUUGUGCAAAUUUUACGUGAAAUUGAAGCUAGUCUACUAACCAAAAGACAAUCUGUUUAUGUUCUUUUCGAUAGUGUAACAAAAUAUUCAAAAAAUGUUACAUUAUUAAAUGGUAUAACAAGCAGACUACACAAUUAUGCAAGAGACAAUCUACUUGCAGUUGUCACUUUUAUUAUUAACAACACGUAUUCAGAGGAAAAUCUUAAAAAGAUUUCUGUAGGACUGCUUUAUAAUAACCUGAUCGACAUAUAUAAUAUAGAGAAGGCAAGAUUCAUGCUUGACAUCAUCAUGAAGAAAGCUGAGAAUCGUCGUACGUUUUUAAAUAAAAUAAGUAGUGCCAUGGGUCACAAACCGCACGAAUUGUUUAAGUAGUAUAUAUAAUUAAUAAGAUAUUUUUUAUGGUAGUAUGCUUUAUUUAAAUAAAAAACAAUAUUCAUGUAUUGCGUUUAAUACUAGAGAACCUUUUAUAUAAGAAAGCUUAAUUCUUAUUUUAUGACACUACAUAAGUAUUUAUUAAUUAUGUUUAAAAUCGGAAGUAUAGACUCCAGAUUUUACUACAUUUAAUAAUUUUUAAAGUAGUCAUAAAAUAAAGUCGAGUCUUUAGUAAGCUAACUAACAAUAUUGUAUUUUAUUUUACACAACUGUUAAUAUAAAUAAAUUUAAGUAUAAUCACAACUGCACAGAAUUAAAUAUAUAUAUUCAUCGUACGCUAUAGGAAAAACGCGAUGAUAAAGUAUAAAACUGAGAUGUAAAAAAAAAAAAGAAACAAUCUGUAUCAGACAAGAUAUAUAUGUAUGUC